AACUUGUUUGUUUGCUGCACGUUUCCACGGUCACCAGUGUUUGAAUUAGUUUGGUAGUUAAGUUGGACUUGUGUUGGUGAAACCUCUCAGUGGACUUGACAUCUCAAAAUGACAAAAGGUGGAAAGAGGCAAUUUUCUUCAAUGAGAAAUGGUGGCAAAUGGUUUGCUCAUCCUGUGUCACCAGAAAAUGAAAUGAGGACUCGUGAGACUUGUACAAGCACCGGGAUCAUGCUGACUCAGGUUAAAUCAGCGCCACGGCAGGCAUUCAACUUCGAGCGCUAUCCUAAAUGGAAAAGUCAGCAGGAAGUCAGAGACUUUCCAUUAUCAGAACAUGACAACAAGCAUUCCUUAAAAGACAGCAUCACUCUCUUUACUCAUGGUGUGGGACGCAGGAAGUGUCCUGAUGACCGCAGCCAGCUGAUCACCAACUUCUGCCUCUGCCAUGACGGAGCUCACAACGGCCCUGAAGAGUCCAGGAGGAACAUCUCGGUCUCCCAGACUGAUUUCAUGGAGAGGCAAGCUGUUGACGCUCCAACCAGCAACAGACGGUUCCCACGCAACCACCAGCAGAAGUCCGCAGACGCGGCGUUGGCACAGAAAGGAGAGCGAUUCAUGUGGUUCGGGCGACAUGACUCUCACCCCUUGGAGUCCUUGGAAGUGCUGGCAGCGGCAAACCACUCGGCACCUUCAAGCCAUAAGACGCUCCUUAAAUUAAGGCGCUAGGGCAUCAGUGGGAGGACAUAAUAAGGAGAGGGUCAGGUGAACUUUUCAAGCUGUCAAACAAAGCACUGAAGUAGAAAAAUAAAAUAAUUUAUCUCGUUUUAAGAAC